UGCGAUAGAGCGCACUGGCUAUUGCAUCAUCAAUAUGUCACCAAUUAUCGCUGAAGGACAUCUAGCAGAUCACACACCAUGAUCCACAAGUUACUUGGAUGGAGAAUCUUUUGUUAAAAUAAGUUUUGGUCAUUUUGAUGAUUUUAUAAUACAAUGUGAACAGAAAUCCCUGUCCAUAUUGAUGUAUCAAAAUUCAGAUUUCGAAAUAAAUCUGCUUAAAUCAUCGUAGCUGCACUCCAUCAAUAAGUAAUGCAUUGAAAAUCAAUGAACUGUCACUGCAACGUUGCAAACAUUGAUUGGGAAGGUAGAAACUCUCGCAUUACUUUAUAUACCGAUAAAAGGUUCACAUGUUUAAAUGUAUUACAGUCUAUAAUAAGGUUAAUUUGAAAUUUACACAAUGGACAUUUUACGCUUUUUGAUACGUAUAAUUUUGUUAAUUACAAUUAUUAACUUAAUUGCAUGUUUCAAAAUUGAUAAAAGUUUGUGGUCCGAAUGUCCUAUAAGUCAAGACAGAAUACGUACCUUUUUUGGUAUCUCCUUCGAUGACUGCGCGAAAGAGUGCCUCAACAGACCGCGCUGUAAGGCGUUAGGACACAGGAGAUAUCUGAACGUGUGCGAGCUCUACAGGACGGAACAGACCGAAGACGACAAAACAUGUGUGACAGUCAGAAAGAAGGAUAUAACAGUUGACAAGGGAGAGGUCCCAUGUAGUUGUAAAAAUGGUGAAACUUGCGAUACUAAAACAAAGCAAUGUGUCCAUCAAGAGUGUGAAGCGUUCGCAAACCUUUACCAUGGCCAAGUACUUGGUAACAUGUACCACAUUGGUGCCCGGCUGAUGUUCAAGUGUGACCCAGGUUGGGUGGAGAAAAGUCUGCAAUCAAGCAUGACGUGUCUUCAGAGCGGUAGCUGGUCGUAUACGCCCGAAUGUGUUGAUAACGACGAGUGUGCAAGCAAUCCGUGCAAGAACGGCGCCACUUGCAACAACCUACAGAACAAGUACACAUGCACGUGUGCUUCAGGGUGGCGGGGAACCAACUGUGACCAAGAUAUCAACGAGUGUGCAAACAAUCCGUGUCAGAACGGCGCCACGUGCAACAACCUACAGAACAAGUACACGUGCACGUGUGCUGGUGGGUGGCAGGGAACCAACUGUGACCAAGACAUCGACGAAUGUGCGGGCAACCCGUGUCAGAACGGCGCCACGUGCAACAACCUACAGAACAAGUACACGUGCACGUGUGCUGGUGGGUGGCAGGGAACCAACUGUGACCAAGACAUCGACGAAUGUGCGGGCAACCCGUGUCAGAACGGCGCCACGUGCAACAACCUACAGAACAAGUACACGUGCACGUGUGCUGGUGGGUGGCAGGGAACCAAUUGUGAUCAAGCGCGGUGCCUAGACAAAUUCGUGAUCCACGGAGAAAAGUGCUACCAUUUCAGUCAAGACACAAAGACAUACACCGAAGCGAAACAUUCCUGUCCCAAUGUCUUCGGCAACAGCUAUUUGGUGGAAAUCAACUCGAAGGAGGAAAAUGAUUUUAUGGCCGGACAAGCUAGCGUCCGUAAUCAGCAUUACCUGAUUGGCCUCAACGAUUUGGCGGAGGAAGGAAAGUGGGUGUGGGGCCACAGCCAAAAGAAUGCCACAUUCGUCGCUUGGGAAUCGUGGGAACCAGACAACUGGCUGGAUAAUGAGGACUGCGUACAACUUAGGCCUAAUGGACGUUGGAACGACAUUCCAUGCGAUCAUCAGCGGAACUACAUUUGUGAGACGGCUGCCGCUGAGGAGCCCAUUCCAGUGCCUUGAAAAUUGGACGCAAUUUAUCGAAAGAAAUUUAAUUGAAAUAAAAAACACAAUCAUGUAGAUCAAAUGAAAUAAAUAAACUACCAUUCCC